AUGUUCGAGCCACCUCCGCAGCCUCCUCGUCAGAAGAUCCCUAAGGAUGGUCUUGGGCCUAGGGGCGUCCCGGAUUGUUAUUACACAUCCAGGGUAUUGAACUCUACGUUUCGCUACGUGAAGUUUGUGAAGAAACUGCGCGCGGAAGAAGAAGAACAGAGGAAGGGCGCUGAAAAUAAACUUAAAGAGUUGAAGGACCAGCAGUUGAGCGACUUCUUCAUCAGCUGUGAUAGGAAGUCUCUCAUCAACAACGUGGCUCGUCGAGUCGACCUGUGCUUGCAGUCGUACCAAGAAGAUCUGAAGCGAAAAAGGAUGAGAUUAAUGGACCUCCUUCAAUUCGAAGAGGAGGAGAACAUACGUAAGUUCGUCGAGCAGACACAAGCGGGCGCCGAGGCCGUGUGGCAAGACAAGAAGGACAGGCUGAAGUAUUUGCUGGAGAAGAGGAAGAAGGAACACGAGGAGAAGUAUAAGGACACACCGCUGUCGAAAUGCGUACACGUCCUACCGUGCAUAUACAAGUUGCGAGCGAAAGAGGCAGAAGAGAUACAACUGUACCAGAUGAAAGAGAAGCAAGCUAUGAAGAUGGCAGAGAAGGAGUUCGACAAAAUGUGGUACGAAGUCACCAUGAAAGAGUCUGAAGCUCUGGCAGCUAGAAUGGAACAAGACGCGAUAGAACGUCUCCGCAAAGACCAGGAAUGUAAAGAGUACGCCGAUUACCAGUUGAGACAGAGAGAGAUACAGCGCGAGAAAGAGAGGGAGAUGCUGAAACAGGAGGCGUUGUGGCUGAGAAGCAUUUGGGACCAGGAUAUUAAGAAGGAAGAGGAAGCCGAACGAAAACGUGCCGAAAGCCGUAAAGUGAUGGCCGACGAGCGCAAAGCCAUGAUAGAGGAGCGCCAACAAAUCGUGGCUCAAAGGGAGGCUGAUGCCAAACUGAUUGGAGACACUUGGGACUCUUUAGCGGGACAGGGCCUUGCUGACGAACUGGCUAAGAUUGAACUGGCUAGGAGGAAAGAGCGCGAACUAGAUGAAUGCAACCGCAAAAUGAUCGCGUUGAAGGAAGAGCUAGCUCGCGAGGACGUAAAAGACGAUCACAUGUACGUGGAAGAAGCCCAAAGGAUGCAGGAAGUCGUGGACAAGAAGAGGUGUGAAUACCAGCUGUGGUCACAGAAGACCAACAGAGAUGUCCGUAAAGCCAUGAUAGACCAAAUCAAGGAUCGCAAACUCGCUCGUGAGAAUUUAGCGAAGAAGAUGAAGGAAGAAGACGAUUACCAAGAGCAGCUGUUUGAUCAGCUGAACCGACUCGUCGACCAUAAGAAGUUGACAGACGCGCAGACGAGGAAGGAACAUCAACGGGCGCUGGUGCAACAAAUUGAAUAUAAUAAGCUCUUGAAGGAGCGCGCUAGACAAGAGGAGUUGGACCAAAUUAAGAAGUGCCAGCAGGCCACCGAGGAUUACCAGAACGAAAUAAAGAGAAUGCUGAACCGCCCAUUCUUCAGUGAUGAAGUGCAUCCAUUUAUGAAGCAAAUGGCUAAAGGGUUGACGUUGCCAAAGAAGUGUCCUUGCGGGAAGCCGAAUUAUUGUAAAGACUGCGAUGAGUGAUGUGUUUUCUGUAUUUU